UAAAGUAUUACUAAACUAAUGAGGCAGGAGAUAUUUCUCAGGAGUGCCCUAAAAGUGAAUGAAGUCACCGUCCCUCCCAUCUGACACCCACUCUAUAAAACUCAGGCAGUGUUGGAAAUCUGACAGAGGCGCCUCGGACAGCGAGAAAACCGACUACAGCAGUAUUUUCAAGUGUUACAUUAUGAUGAUUCGCUCCAGCGCUGUGAUGUUGCUGACCACCGUGGCUGUCUGCCUGCUGGCUUGUAUUCACUCUGGCAUCAAUGCAUAUCCAGUCAAGCCCGCCAGUCCCCGUGACGACGCGCCACCUGAGGAGCUCGCCAAAUAUUAUUCGGCACUAAGACACUACAUCAAUCUCAUUACAAGACAGAGGUAUGGGAAAAGAGACAUCCCAGAUACUCUGUUUUCAGAUGUGCUGAUGAGGGAGAGUGCAGAGAGCAUUCCAGGAUCAAACUAUUUCAGGUAUGAUGGGCUGCCACUGUGGUGAUGCUGCUGAAGCUUCACGUCAAGAUUGACUUUACCACAAAGCUGCUGCCAUGUCUGUUACUGACCUGCAAUGUACUUGUACUGCAUGAAAUAAAAACUGUGUAAAGCAAACUUUGGCCUUAAA